GUGAAACUCCAACACGCCAACAUCAUCGGUCACGUGACCGGUGCCGUGUGCUACGUGUACGCCAAAUUUUCAGUUUCUUCGGCCACACGCACUUUGAAAGGUACCGUAAUCGUAAUUUCAUCCGAAAGUACCGUCGACGUGACACUUAAAUCGGGUACCACGGGAUCGGCUCCGUAAAAAAACCUUUUCCGUCCCGUUUAGUUGUUGAAUCCAGUCUGGAGAAGCCGACAAAAUGGGCAUAACAUUCUUAGAAGUUAUAAAGCCGUUUUGCAGUAUUCUGCCAGAAAUCGCGAAGCCAGAGAGGAAGAUCCAAUUCAGGGAGAAAGUACUAUGGACUGCCAUCACCUUGUUCAUAUUUUUAGUAUGCUGUCAGAUUCCUCUUUUUGGUAUAAUGAGUUCAGACUCAGCAGAUCCAUUUUAUUGGAUCCGUGUUAUUUUGGCCUCAAAUAGAGGCACCCUCAUGGAACUUGGUAUUUCUCCUAUUGUCACGUCAGGCCUCAUCAUGCAGUUGCUAGCUGGAGCAAAGAUUAUUGAAGUGGGAGAUUCUCCUAAAGAUAGAGCUCUCUUCAAUGGUGCACAAAAAUUAUUUGGCAUGGUGAUAACAGUUGGACAAGCUAUUGUCUAUGUCAUGACAGGAAUGUACGGUGACCCAGCUGAAAUCGGCGCUGGAGUUUGCCUUCUCAUCAUCAUACAACUAUUCGUUGCUGGCCUCAUUGUACUGCUGUUAGACGAACUUCUUCAAAAAGGAUACGGUUUAGGAUCAGGAAUAUCACUUUUCAUUGCCACAAACAUCUGUGAGACCAUCAUCUGGAAGGCCUUUUCCCCAGCUACUGUCAACACUGGCAGAGGAACAGAAUUUGAAGGAGCUGUGAUAGCACUCUUCCACCUGUUGACCACCCGCCAAGACAAGAUUCGUGCUCUGCGUGAAGCAUUUUACAGACAGAACCUGCCCAACUUGAUGAACCUCUUGGCAACGGUACUUGUAUUCGCCAUAGUGAUAUACUUCCAAGGAUUCCGCGUGGAUCUUCCAAUCAAAAGUGCCCGGUACAGGGGCCAGUACAGCAGCUAUCCAAUCAAAUUGUUCUACACUUCCAAUAUUCCCAUCAUCCUACAAUCUGCGCUGGUGUCUAACCUGUACGUCAUCUCACAAAUGUUGGCUGUCAAGUUCCAAGGAAACUUUUUGGUGAACUUUCUUGGAGUGUGGGCUGAUGUUGGCGGUGGUGGCCCAGCGAGGUCGUACCCUAUAGGCGGCCUGUGUUACUACCUCUCGCCUCCAGAGAGCGUAAGCCAUAUUCUGGAAGAUCCUGUGCACGCGGUUCUAUACAUAAUCUUCAUGUUGGGAUCUUGCGCGUUCUUCUCGAAGACGUGGAUCGAAGUGUCGGGCAGCUCAGCCAAAGAUGUGGCCAAGCAGCUUAAAGAACAACAAAUGGUCAUGCGGGGACAUAGGAAUGAGUCUAUGGUGCAUGAACUUAACAGGUACAUUCCCACGGCAGCUGCUUUCGGUGGCCUGUGUAUCGGCGCUUUGUCCGUGCUAGCAGACUUCCUGGGCGCCAUAGGCUCAGGUACGGGUAUCCUGCUGGCCGUCACCAUAAUCUACCAGUACUUUGAGAUAUUCGUCAAAGAACAAAGCGAAAUGGGAGGCAUGGGAGCCCUAUUAUUCUAAACGACUUAAUAGAGUGAAGUUGAAAGGCGUUCUAAGACUGUUGCGUGUCUGAUAGAGUGGAGUUAUUUUUUGUUACUUUUUUACAAAUAGAAAAUAAAGGUUUAUAUUUAGAGUUGAUUCGGCGAACUGGUUGUGGGUAUUUGCAGUCAACUGAGUAUUUUUCAGAAUGGGUGUAUCCAAAACUUAGGCGUUGGGUCACUUCACAAUGACAAGUCCUAACUAGACCCUUGCAAAUUUCUUAUAAAAUGCACUUGUCAAAAAGUGUUAUGAAUAUAUAUUUUGUCAUCGAAAAUUCAUUCAUUUUUGCAUAUAUUCUGCAAUUUGAUGCUAGAGAUGAAACAUUUGAUUCUUUUGAUACUGGCACUAUAGCAUGUCAAUUUUGUAUUCCUAAGUUCCUAAAUUAUUCUAAAUGUGAAGUCGGCACUACACCUUACAUAUUUGAAAUUGUUUAAUGAUAUAAGCACCCUAACUACAGUGUAAUUGAAAACACGGUAGCAAUUCAAGUUUCAAUGGGGGGUAAUCUGGAAAGCUAGAAGUAGAUGGCGCUAGUUAGGUUGGCGGUUAUGUUUGAGGUUAUCUGUCAAAGUCGUCCAUGGUUUACAGGGCUGUCAAACACGCAAUGAAUCACGAUUCGUUUGACUCCAACGACACUAGCGCCUCCUAGCAGGAGCAAAAUUGGCCAUCGCUGUAACUGAAAACUCUUGACUAUCGCGCGCACCUUUCGUGGAUUGUUUGUUCCGACUAAAAAUGGCGUAUCUUUGCAUGUGAGAUCACAGAAUACAACACCGUGUAUCAUUUCUAUAUUAUAGGAUAUUUUAGGAUACAUGUUUAGAUCGCUUUUCCCUGUCAUUUGGACCUACUUUCUUACCUGGAAAUAUUGCGACUGCUUUUUGAAUCACUGAGUAUAUUUAUGAGAUAAUUUCCAGUUACUGCAAAUACACCUAUUUCUCAGUUUGCCGGUAUGGCCGAUAUUUCGAUUUACUGAUUUAGACUCGGCUGCCUGUAUACGUAACAGUUUCGGACGUCGUUUUUUGUGACGGAAUCGUUUUCCAUUGUAAAGAACUGACCACUGUGUAUGGAAAAGUUUCUCGUUUUGUUAGACAUAUGAAAGAUGUGCGAUUGUAAAGCAUCAGAGAUGUUGAAGUGUAGGCUAGAGAAAUGAGAUAAUAUCCGUGAGUCCGAAAGACUUGACUGGUAUUUGUGAUCUUUCUCAAGGUAAACAUCGACCAAAUCUUUAACUUUACGGUGAUCAUUUGGGAUCCUGUGUUCCGCGAAAUGUCUAUCAUUUCAAAGGGUAUUAAAUGAGUGUCAAAAAGUGAAUGAACAGCAACAUAACUCCUAUCCGAGAUAGAUGAUCUGAUCCUGCGAGAUAUUUAAUUCUAAAAACACCUUUUACUGACAAGUCUUUGAUCGACAUUAACCGCAGGGUAAUUCCGUAAAAAACCUAUAAUUAUAAUGUCAAAAAAUCAUUAAAAAAAUGCAGUAAUUACAUCCACAUUCUCUGACAACAUCGUUAUUUACCGCCCACCUUUUUUAGCAUUGCAUUGUCUCGCUUGGAAGAUAAUAACUGCCAUUUUUUUCAUUAAUCUUUAUAGUUGUAUGUAUGCCUAUUCUUUAACACAUGAUAUACAUUUUGUGGUAUAUGGGAUGCUGGUGUACUAUCUUGAUGGUAAAAAUGCCAGUGUUGUUAAUUUUUUCGUCAAUCCAACGUAUACCUCAGAGUAACGGUGUUUUUUGUCGCUGUUUAUCUUGAUUCACUUUGUAUAAAGUGUGUGCAAAGUAAUUCUAUAUAUUUUGUACUAAGGUUAAAAAUAAGUUUUUUAAUGUAUAUUUCUCCGAGAUAUUUAUAUUUUUGCGUGAAUGUCCAUUAUUAUUAUUUUUUACACAUUCGUCACUCGCCAUCCAUUUCAGAAUGGUUGUUUUCCCGGUCAUUUAAUUGUUGUUAGAUUAUAAUUUAUUUUAAAUAUAGUAAACUAUUCCUCGA